GUCCACGUAUUCGCUUCCCCCCCUCGGUUUCCUCCUACAACCUCAACCCCCAGACCAACUCAUCCUCAACCUCAGCCUCGCACCUAGAACCACACCCACCCGCCCCAAUUGACGCCGCCACCACCACCACCAUGGACGCUGUACUCCGGCAGUCCAAGGCCAUGUGCCCCUUCAUGAAGAAGGCCUCGCCCGCCACCCUGCGUGCCCUCUCCACCUCGACCCGGCCGGCCGCCAAGGCCACCUCGUCGCCGUGUGGAGGCACCAUGUCCCGUCUGCAGGGCAUGGCCUACCGCUGCCCCGUCAUGGGCAAGGCCCUCGCCGUCCAGUCCGUGGCCACCCGCUCCGUCUCGACCCACCACGCCCGUGGUUCUUCGGCCCAUGCCCACGCCCACGCCCACGGCUCCCGGUCCUCCAAGCGCUGCCUGCACAGCAGCCGUUCCAACGAGGCCCGCGCCAUCGAGACCCCCGUCAUCCCCGGCCGUGAGAAGGCUCAUGUCCCUCAUGCUGCUCCCCGUCACCCUGCCGCCCCCGCCGUCUACCCCAUCAAUGCCGACGCAAAGUUCAACUACGAGGCCUACUACAAUGCCGAGCUCGACAAGAAGCACAAGGACAAGUCGUACCGCUACUUCAACAACAUCAACCGCCUGGCCAAGGAGUUCCCCCGCGCCCACAUGGCCAACAAGGACGAAAAGGUCACCGUCUGGUGCGCCAACGACUACCUGGGCAUGGGCCGCAACCCCAACGUCCUGCGCAGGAUGCACGAGACCCUCGACGAGUACGGCGCCGGCGCCGGUGGUACCAGGAACAUCUCGGGCCACAACAAGCACGCCGUCGACCUCGAGGGCUCCAUUGCCAAGCUGCACUCCAAGGAGGCUGCUCUCGUCUUCAGCUCCUGCUACGUCGCCAACGAUGCCACCCUGGCAACCCUGGGGAGCAAGAUGCCCGACUGCGUUAUCCUCUCCGACAGCCUGAACCACGCCUCCAUGAUCCAGGGAAUCCGCCAUUCCGGCACCAAGAAGAUCGUCUUCAAGCACAACGACGUUGAGGAUCUCGAGGCCAAGCUGGCCGCCCUGCCCCUGCACGUCCCCAAGAUCAUCGCCUUCGAGUCCGUAUACAGCAUGUGUGGCUCAAUUGGCCCCAUCGAGAAGAUUUGCGACCUUGCUGACAAGUACGGCGCCAUUACCUUUCUGGAUGAAGUCCAUGCCGUCGGCAUGUAUGGCCCGCACGGCGCCGGUGUGGCCGAGCAUCUCGACUUUGAGGCCCACAAGCAGGGCAGGCCACAGGGCACCAUCCAGGACCGCGUCGACAUCAUCACUGGCACCCUCGGCAAGGCUUACGGCUGCGUCGGCGGCUACAUUGCCGGAACCUCCAAGCUUGUCGACAUGAUCCGCUCGCUUGCCCCUGGCUUCAUCUUCACCACCUCCCUCCCGCCAGCCACCAUGGCCGGCGCCCAGGCCGCCAUCGAGUACCAGAUGGACUACCACGGCGACCGCAAGCUGCAGCAGCUGCACACCCGUGCUGUCAAGGCUGCUUUCGAGGAGCGCGACAUCCCCGUGAUCCCCAACCCCAGCCACAUCGUCCCUAUCCUGGUCGGCAACGCCGAGGUCGCAAAGAAGGCUUCCGACCUGCUGCUGCAGAAGCACCAGAUCUACGUCCAGAGCAUCAACUACCCCACCGUGCCCGUCGGCCAGGAGCGCCUCCGCAUCACCCCCACCCCCGGCCACACCAAGGAGCUGCGCGACCACCUCGUCAACGCCGUCGACGCCAUCUGGACCGAGCUCGGCAUCAAGCGCACCAGCGAGUGGGCUGCCGAGGGCGGCUUCAUCGGCGUCGGCGAGACUGACGCCGCCGCCGUCGAGCCCCUCUGGACCGACGCCCAGCUGGGCAUCGAGGAGAAUGUUAGGGAGAUCCAGGCCCAGAACGGCGGCGAGCUGGGCAACGGCAGGGUCCUGGAGGCGCUGCUCGAGCGUGAGGCCCAGUCCGUCAGGACCGUGAGCCCCGUCGCCUAAAUUCGUGUGUGUGUGUGUGUGUGUCUGUGCACGUGUGUGUCUUCUGUGUGUACUGUGCGCAAAAGACUACAGCUCUGUUGCCAACCAAUCACGAAGAGGGGAGCUCAUCAGGCCGGAAUCACGUUCUCUCGAGCGGGCGACAGCGACCGAGUAGUCCAGGGGGAGGGACCGAUCUGUGUUCAAUUCUUUACCAUUCUGCCACUAUGAAGCAUCUGACUUCGAAACCUAGUCUCAACCCGUCCUCGCCAGCUCACAACCCAGCCAGCGCACAUGCCUGAAUGGAUUGUGCUGCUGGGGUCUGUCCUGGAUAUAUAUAUAUACAUUCGUGGUGGGCGGGUGUGCACCUCAACAUUACAAAUACAAUAUUUGGCAUCGCCUUCUGAGCGAUAUAACUGCCACAAAACCUUUGGACUUAUCUUGAACAUAUUGAUCGUGAACACUGUAGCUUUGCUUUCGCAUGCUAGCCCAGGAAGUGUGGAAAUGUACAUCCCGCAAGUUGAACCCUGACACAGCAAUCGCCUGAGUGCUGUUGCUAAACAAGCAAGACUGGAUUUGGCAUCCAACGCCGGCUGAUUUUAGAAUCUGAGGAAACAUGCCUCGGGGCUCCGCAAGCCAGCCGUUAAAGCUGGCCGGCAGAGACACUAACUAGUACCAAAACCUAGCGGCUUGUCAGCCUUUCAACGGUCUUCCCAAGACGCAGACAUUUGUACAUGUGUAUAUGAAUUGUCACAUUUCCACUUCGGGUGGCUUCUCCAGCG